AUGUGUCCUGUAACGAUAAAACUAUUCUAUUCAAAUAUUGUGAUUCGUGAAAUUGGAAAUUAUUCGAUUACUGAUAACUGUCAAUUUCUUUCUUAUUUUGCUUAUUCAACUUUAAAUUGUGAAUUUCCUAAUACUUAUUACUUUAAUGUAACAACACUUGAAAAUGAUACAUUUACACUACAGCUUGACAUAUCGGGAUGGUCUAUAUUAUCAGAAAAACACGACACUUUGUCAUGUGAUUAUCCAGAUCAAUGUAAAAUAAAUCACAAAAAAAAAUAUGAAGAUGUUCUUUCCUUUUUUACUGAGAUAUCAUAUAAAUUUAGGGAGAAAAGAAUGGAAUUAUUAUUUAAUAAACUCACAAGAAUAUAA